GCGCAGUCGAGAAGUCGGCAUUUCCGACGGACAGGAAGGUCGCAGGGACGCCGGUAGCAAUACCUGGCCUCAGAUCAGCCUCGUCACCAGCCUCCCCGGAGCCCUGUGGGUUGGAUCCUCCAUCAAGAGUCUGGAGUUUGAACGUCGUCGAGGAAGAGAUGUCCGUUCGCAGGGUCUUCAAGAACGACUGGCAGAGUAUCAGCAAUCAAGAGCAUGGACGCAGCGGUUGCUCAUUCCCACCUGCAAAUCAGCGGUUUCUGCGAACUGAUCGACGUAUCCCGUGAUGAGUAUCGAGCUGUUCUUCUGAGUGGCGGGAGUCGCGGGGAUUCCGUACAGCGCUUGCAGGCACGCCGGGGUGAUGACCCCGGUGGCGACGUUCGUGUUGCACGACGCCGGGGCGGCCCGCUUCGCCUGGGGCACGUUCAUCUGGAUCGGCGACGGCGCGAGUCUGGGCUGGGGCUCGACGAACGCCGUCGAGGGGUGGAUGACAUCCACCACGCCGACCAUCUCGCUCGGGAGCGACACGGACAUCGUGCGCGUGAUCUUCUCGGUCAGCUGGGGAUGCGAGAAGAGCUCGAAGUUGGCGUUGAAGAGGUCGUUGGCGUGCGAGACGGGGAGCGUCGCGGUCACCCAGUCGCCGUUGGGUGAGAUCGCCGUCGUCUUCAGUCCGUUCGCCGUGGCGAAGGCAUUGAACGCAGCAACAGUGGCUGCAGAUGGCUCCAUGAAGGACUUGACCUGGUCAAUCCAGUCAGCGAUCCAGAUAUUCAAAGGGUUGACGCUGGUAGCGAACCUCUUCCAUCGUCAGCCACUGGCGGAAGUUCUCGUUCCCUGGUGUCGAGAGCUCCAUAAGCUUGGCCUGGAGGCCAGCAGCGUUGUUGGGAGCCAGACCGAAACGCAGCUCCAGCUGGUCAGCAGCGGGGGCAGGUCCAUGGCUGACGAAUCCGGCAGGGAUGGAGGUCCUGCUCUCGUGCAGCACCGUCAGUCCCUUGGCAGCCGCCGCCGCAAUCGCAACAAGGAUGGUCAACGCUUGGGUGAAAGCCAUCGAGAGAGUGCACGCGUCCAGAGAGGCCCCGGGAGAGCUGCUGGGAUGCACCAUGGCGACAUGCGAGUGAGAGAGCGUCCGCAGCGAUUACCCAAGCUAUACGUGGGUAAGAGAAUCCUAACGCACGCCUUCCUUAUCAGCGCUUCGCCCACGGCAUGGACAAGACUCACUGGU